UUCUAACUCGCUUCAUGUUAGACUGAAGUGUGUGAAAGUACUGUUGAAGGACUUGCGUGUGUUGAGUUAUUUCAGCGUAUUAAUGGACUAAACGAGACAUAUACGAGACGAGCGGGGGAAAGCCGUGCAUACAGCAUGAUUAGCUGAGGUCUUCUGCAGCAGAUGAGGGCAGAUGUCGGCCAUGGAUCACGGCGUGGUGGAGGAGUGGCUGUCUGAGUUUAAGACUCUUCCAGAGACGGCCGUCUCCAGCUACGCCGCCUCUCUGAAGGACAAGGGCUCUCUGGUUCCUGCGCUUUAUAAAGUCAUACGAGAGAAUUACAGUGACCUGCUGGAGCCGGUGUGUCAUCAGUUGUUUGAGUUUUACCGCAGCGGCGAGCCACGUUUACAGCGCUUUACUCUGCAGUUUCUGCCGGAGCUGGUUUGGAGUUACCUGUCAGUGACGGCGGCACGAGAUCCUCACUGCAGCGGCUGCAUCGAGGCGCUCCUGUUGGGCAUCUACAACCUGGAAAUCGUCGAUAAAGAUGGCCAGAGUAAAGUCCUGUCCUUCACCAUCCCUUCCUUAUCGAAGCCAUCGAUUUAUCACGAGCCGUCUUCCAUUGGCUCUCUGGCCUUGACAGAAGGAGCCUUAGCCAAUCACGGUCUGAGUCGUGUGGUGUACAGCGGCCCCCACCUGCAGCGCGAGACCUUCACCGCGCAGAACAGGUUUGAAGUGCUGACGUUUCUGCUGCUGUGUUAUAAUGCGGCUCUGAGCUACGUGAGCAUCUCGUCUCUGCAGUCUCUGUGUCAGCUCAGCUCCAGGGUGUGUAUCUGUGGUUAUCCUCGGCAGCAGGUGCGCCGCUAUAAAGGCAUCAGCUCGAGGCUCAUGGUCACCUCAGAGUUCCUCGUUCAGCUCAUCACCGGCAUUCAUUUCGCUCUGUGUAACGGUGAGCUGGAGCUGGGUUCGAGGGCUCUGGAUGAUGUGUUGUACCGAGCGCAGCUGGAGCUCUUCCCCGAGGCGCUGCUGGUUGGAAACGCCAUCAAGUCGUCUCUCCACGGCGCGUCUCUGAAGGCCAAUAAAGAGGGAGCCCGCUCCAUCCAGGUGGAGAUCACCCCCACGGCCCCCCGAAUCUCCCGCAACGCCGUCACCAGCCUCUCCAUCCGCGGACACCGCUGGAAACGCCACGAUGCAGUGGAUCUGGGUUCCCCGGAUGAGCUGACGGAGAUCUCGGAGGUGGACGAGGGCAUCUGCACACAAGCGUCCGCCGCUCCGAGCAGCCCUCCGACCAUCGUCAUCAGCAGCAGCGGCGGGAAACUGAGCGGGAAGGGUCUGCGCCGCCUGACGGGCCGCUCCAGCAGAGACAAGGACAAGGACAAGGAGGCGGCCUCCGGCUCGGAUCAGCUGACACGCAAACAGGCCGCGGUCCGCGCCAUGAGCGAGAACCUGGAGCUGCUGUCACUCAAGCGGCUGACGCUGACCGCCAGCCAAUCAGUGCCCAAGAGCGGCUCUCUGAGUCUGUCACGCACCGCCAGCGCAGUCUUCUCACGCUCCUUCGAACAGGUCAGCAACGUCCUCGCUGUGGCCAGCCCCUCGUCCAAUCACGUCGCAGAAGCAGACCACGGGGGCGUGGCUUAUCUGGAACACCUAAGCCCCGCCCACCAGCACCGGCAGCGCUCGCCCACCAUCAGUGUCCAUGUGACCUCUGACCUGUGACCCGAGACGCUCACUGCUGCCACCUGGUGGCAAGGAAACUGCAGCACCUUACAGGACGUUGAUUUCGUUUUUUCCUAAAAAAUGUUUUUGGUCAGUCGUGAUUGAUAACCAAAGUCAUGUAUUUUUAAAGUGUUUUUAAAAGGUCCUCGUGAAGUCAGAUAUUGUGUAUUUAUAAAGACGAUUCAAACUAUUUUUUUUGUGUGUGUAUGUAGUUUCUCUUCUCUGCGUAUCCCAGCAUGCACUGGGCUUGAACCGAAGCCAUCCCUUCACAGUAAAAAACGGCUGCUUGAAUACAAACCCGAGAGGAAGAUCCUGUUGAAAUCAGACCAAAACAAGAUUCUUCUUCAGUGACAGUCGUGGUGUUUCAAAAGCAAUAUGAUUAUUAAUUGAGUUGCUGUUUGCGAAGCCAUAAGAGAUGCCUGGACACUCGGACGACUGGUUUAGGAUUGGUUUUAGUUAACCAGCUGCUAACCAGAGCCCCAUGAAACCGUGUGAUUAUAAGCCACAAAUCAUUUCUUGAUUUAAAACGGAAUCGGUGAAUCUAAUAACAGCAUUGAUUUUUCAUCUUUUAUUGUUUUGUUUUGUAGGAUGGUGUUUUUCUGCUCUCAGUGGUUUGUGUUUUUCUAGUGGAUCCUUCAUAAUGUGUCCGUGCUCAGAUUAUUUGGAGAAUGUGAAUAUUUGGUUGUGAAUUGUAAAUAUUAUUAUUUUGCCUUUCGUUUAUCACCGUUACAGUCUCUGAAAAUAAAGACGUCUAUUUCAAA